CGACGACGACCUGUGCCAACAAGGAUAGGCAUGUCGUCGGUCGGGUACGGAUCGAGUCGCAAUGGUGGGUUUGGAGGGGGCGGAGGGGAGGAGGAGGGUGAUAGACGGGACGCUACCAAGGCCGAUAUGGACUCGAUGAGGAUCCUGUUCCAAAUUGUCACGAGGCAAUUCUACGACGAUGCCCACGUCAUCCUGGUCGACAUCUUGUCAAAGCAUCAGGUGGUUCCGCAGGACAUCAUGGCCUCUGCUAUGGGCAUUCAGUCGAAGGAGGUGCUCCAGAUUGCCAACAGACUGAGGGCCGACAAGUUGAUUGAUAUUGUCAGAAAGAGUGAAGUAAAGGAGUCGGCAGGUCCAUCCAACUUCCAGCGGGCAGUCAACCGGUCGUACCUCGCCCUGGAUCCCAAGAUGUUCCUAGACGUGACAAAGUGGCGCAUCGCAAAGAUGCGAUCGCAGAUUGACUCGCUUCUGCGCAACGAGCUGGACAACAAGGGCUAUAUGUGUCCUCGCUGCCGCAAGUCCUUUUCGACGUUGGACGUGGCUCAGCUCCUGGAUCCCAUGACGGGUGCCACUUUUGUCUGCGACACGCCGGGCUGCGGCAGCGAGCUGGUGGACAACGAGGAUGCAGAGGACGUCAGACGAUCAAAGGAUCGGCUGAGGCGUUUCAACGUCCAGCUGGAACCAAUCCUAGUCAGGCUCAAGAACACCGAGCUGCUGACCUUGCCGGAAUUCGAUGCCAUGGAUAUCAUCGCCCGGCAAGGAGGGUCGGAGCAGUGGAGGCAGCGGGCAGAGCAGCGACUCAAGCAGAAGGGGGGCGCGCUCUCGAAUCUCUCGCUUCCCUUGGCGUCCGCCUCAAGUAGCACAAGCAACGCCGGUCCGUCUGUCUCUGUGGACAUGACGACGACAAAUCCAGAGGUCGAGGCAGCGCGACGAGCCGAGCGUCAGGCCGAGGUGGAACGCAUGCGGGAGCAGAAUGCGUUGCCCGUCUGGUUGCAGCAGGACGUGCUCGGUCAAAAGAUCCCUUCCAAAGAUCAGCAAAGAGAGGAGGCCUACCGUCGCGAUGCAGCGGCCGCGCAGAACCAGAACGACGACUCGGCCGCUGGCAACAUGGAAGACUACUACAAGCAGUACGCCAAUAUGGCUGCCGAGGAAGGAGAAGACGACGAAGAUGACAUGGAGGAUGUCGACACAGGGGUUGACACGCCCGCAAAUGGCACAAACACAUCAGAGGCACAGACGCCGAGCGGCAAGCGCUCGAGAGAAGAAAGCGAGUCCACGCCAGCGUCGAAACGGUUAAAGGGAGAAGGAGAGGACGAAGACGAGGAUGACGAGGAUGAUGACGACUUUGAAGAAGUUGCCUGAUGUAUUUUUAAAGCAGCUCCUGCAUCCCCCUUUCUAACUAUCGAGGGCCCGCUGAGCAUCAAGUAGGAUCCAAAUUAAGCCAGAUUUAGCAAGGC